UCGCUCUAAUUUUUCAGUUUUUCCGACGGUUCCCAUUACCCCCUGCUCUGUUCUCCAUUCUCGGGAGCGCAAAAAUCCCGAACAGAGAAAAUGAAGCGAGCACGAACCAGACCCGAGUCCGAGUAUCUUCUCGGCCUAUCGGCACACUCCCUGAGCCUCCGAGACCUAGCCAUCUCCCGACUCUACGCCCUACGAGCCCGGAAAUCCGACCAGAGAUUAACCCCCUUCGCUGACCAGAUUCUAGCCGUUGCUGAGGUUCUACAUGCCGCAGACAGCCGGCUCCACAACCGCCAUCUCGACUACUUUUCUAUCCUCCAAACCCGCCGUGCAGACGCCGCUGACCUCAACCGCAUUCGGAGCCAGUUCGAGAAGCUCGAGGCCGUCCUUAAUCCGGGGGUAAACAAGUUACCCUUUUCCGACGUCGCCUUCGGCCUCGUCCGCGAAGCGUGGGCCGUGCUCUCCGACCCAGAAAAGAGAACCCUGUACGAGAACGAAAUCGGUGAGCUGGAAAAUAGCGUCGACAACAAGGAGAAGAACGGGAACGAGAGCCAGAGUACGGACACAUUCUGGACCGUCUGUCCGUAUUGUUACUACCUGUACGAGUACGGCAAGGUUUUCGAGGAAUGUUGCCUUAGGUGCCAGAACUGUAGGAGGGCGUUUCAUGGGGUGGCAGUAAAUGCGCCACCAAAGAGUGAGUUAGUGGAGGAAGGGACGAGGAAAGAAGGAUACUACUUUUGCUGGGGCUGUUUUCCUCUGGGGUAUAACAAAGGAGCAGAGAGCAGUACCACUGGGGUGGAAGUGAAGAAUGUGGGUCAGGGGACGGCUGGAAUUGGCGACGGAAGAGUAACGAGGAAGGUGAAGACUAAGGCGGGGCGGAUUCGGAUUCGGAUGAACACCAAGACUGUGGCGAGGAACACCAAGAAGAUUAUGGGGAGUGGGAUGAGGUGUAGGAGGAAUGGAAUGGGAGGAAUGGAUUGGACUUCGGAGAGUGGAGAGGCAAGUGAGGGUGGAACUGGUGAGGGUGGAUUGGAGUUCUUUAAAGGGAAUGAUGAUGUCUUUGUUAGUAUAGUGGGUAAUCCGUGAUGAUUGAUGAAGGGAAUCGGAAAGUCUGAGGGUCUCAAUAGGGUUGGUAAAGGAAGUUCCUUUUUGUGUAUCUAAUAUUGCAUGGCUCUGCCAAUAGUGCAGAACAGGGGAUUUUGUGUUUGGGGUUGCCACUUUAGUCGAAAAAUGAAGGUCAAAUUACUGUACAGGUGCUUUUUUUGACAAAGUUUGCUUUGGUCUUAUCCUUCUAAACUUUGGUAUAGUCUGAAAAAUGAAAAAGUUGGAGGAAUUUC